UCGUUCGUAUGUACAUACGUUAUUACGUGCCCCGAAGCACGAUAGGUUUGUUCGAAAAUGAGUUGAUAACGCUAUAAGCAUGUUGUGUCUCGAUCAAAUGCAUGCAGUAAACAGAGAAGCAAUGACACAUUAUGCGCUCUCAGCUCAUUUUCGAACACACCUAUAGUGCUUCGAAGCACGUAAAAACGCUUACACGAUCGGACCUCCAUAAUUUCAAUCGAAUAUUGCUUAAGGAUAAACAUGGCUACAGGUUUUACUCAUACUGAAGUGAAAUAUAUAUAUAAUUUGCCAUAUCAUGAACGGUCAGAAUUAUGUAAAGUUUUAAACCUUAAUGAUUCGUGGAAAGAACUUGCAGGUACAUGGAUGAAGAUUAAUGAAUUGAAUGUAAGAACUUUAUCAAGAGAAAAGAAUCCUACCGAUGAACUUUUAACCUUAUGGGGUCAGCAGAAUCACACUGUUCUUGAAUUAUUUAUUUUAUUGUCUAGAAUGGACAACUAUCAAGCAAUGGUCCAGAUCAAGUCAUUUGUAGAUCCAAAAUAUCAUGCUUUGAUAGACAAUGGGGAAAAAAAUCUUCAACGAAUAAUACGUAGGGGACUUAAUAAAUCUCCAAAUGUAAAAAUCGGAGAGUGUGAAGUUGUAAAAAAAGAACCACCAGUAUCUAACUUACUAAAACUCACAACAGAUUCUAUUUUGAAUGAACCUGUACCACCCUUGCAAAUGUCACCACCACUCCAAGCAAUAAGUUUUGGUCAUUUAAACGGCUUAUCACCUGCUGGAAUACCUUAUGCUUCACCCAAACAACGGGAUGAAGCUAUGUCUUCUAGAAAGAAAACUAUGAUAACGCUACCGAAAACUGAAGCAAAUUUACCAGAAGCUCCUUACCAAGAGCUAGAAGCUGCAACAAGUGGGUGGAGUGUACAUAAUAUUUUAGGAAAGGGUGGCUUUGGCACAGUGUAUAGAGGGCAAUGGAAAAACACAUAUGUGGCAAUAAAGAGAUUAGAAGCACGCCCUUCUGGGCCAGAUGAUCAAUACAUAAUUCACCUCCAACAGUCGUUUAGAGAGAUAAAAAUUUUGAAUUCACGUGCCCAUGAAAAUAUUUUACCAUUAUAUUCUUAUAGUUUGAAUGGUGAAGCACCCUGUCUUGUGUAUAUGUUUAUGCCUAAUGGCUCCCUAGAUGAUGUUCUGCGUUUGAAACGUGGACAUCGACCAUUGACCUGGAUACAACGUCAUGUGAUAGCCCUAGGAACUGCACGAGGAAUACAAUAUUUACAUACUAUUGGUGAAAAACCUUGGAUUCAUGGUGACAUUAAAAGUGCAAAUAUUCUACUGGAUAAAAAUAUGGAACCAAAACUUGGUGAUUUUGGACUAGCCAGAGAAGGACAUGAACAUGAAGACGUAUUAGUUAGCAGAAUUCAAGGUACAAGGCCUUAUUUACCUGAUGAAUAUUUGAGAGAAAAAAUGUUAUCUACCAAGAUAGACACAUACAGUUAUGGCAUAGUUUUGUUUGAACUAUCAACGGGUCUUGCAGCAUAUGACGGUAGUAGGCCGCAGUAUAAAUUUCUUAAACAGUUUGUGGACAGUUGGAGCGAAUGCGAUAUACCACUGAUGAUGGACAAGACUGCUGGUAAAGAAAAGGAGGAAGUGUUUAAGAAUUUGUUAUUUAUAGGAAAAUGGUGUACAAACUCUCAUUCAAAGGAUAGGCCAGAAAUGGAAUAUGUUUUUCGGAAACUCAAUAAUCUCUAAAAUAUUGUACAAUCAUUCCCACGCUCAUUGUGAUAAGUUAUACCAGCUGUGAAAUAUGAGAAUUUUUUAUUAUAAGUCAAAUAAAUAUAUUUUAGUAUUCUUCUAUGAA